AUGCUGCUACGGCCAACACAUUUGGCUAUUGCCACUGCUGUGGUAGCUUUGGCUUCUAUGGUAAAUGGGCAAGCGUUGAACGAUCCACUCACUCAGUACAUAGAAGGACGGCUUGGUAAUAGACGAAUUUUCUGGUGUCCUUCUGGAUACGGCUACUUGGCAUAUUGUCCACAACCCACCGACUGGGAUAAUUACAACUGGUGUUGUACAUGGCCUUAUCUUGGUUCGUGGAAGCCAUCUUGUUGCGCAUUCGCGAUACCGACAGGAGCUGUUGUGGCGCUGAUUAUUGCUGCUAUCAUUUUAAUAGCCGUUCUGAUUGCGCUAUCGUGUUGGUGUUGUUUCUGUUGUCCACUUUACAAGCAAUUAUACGACUACGAAGAGGCGAAGUGA